UGCUGGAUGCGACUGUCGCGAGCGUAGAAGAUGCAAGACGCUUUGUUCGAACGAAACGGAGAGCUUUCUCCGUGGCAGACUAUAGUUGUUCAGGAAAUAAUUGGUGUGUAGUUUUAAACUAUGCGUCCGAAGAUGACGCUUUUAUUGAUUUAUUAUUUUCUACUUUUUCAUCGAGCGUUGUCGGAGCUGACGCACGGAUUUGCUAUUAAUUCAAACGGCGAAAACGAAACAUGGAAACAUAGUUUGGAUCUUAGUCCCAGACACAGAAUUAAGGACUCUAGUUACCUGCUGGACAGGUAUCCAAUAAGAGAAUUACCACCUGAUUCAUUAAAUUGUCGUAGAUCAGCAAAAUGUGUAGAGAUGCAAAAGAGUACGUGUAUGGGUACAAGAUUGCCUUAUACCACUACAACAUUGGAUUUUAUACCUGAACAUGUAACUCAGGAUAUUAUAGAGGAAAAAUUACAUGUGUUACAAGCAUUAAGACAUAUGCCAAAGUGUUGGGCAGUUGUACAACCCCUCUUGUGCUCAAUAUUUAUGCCAAAAUGUAUUAAUGAUACAGUGGAUUUACCAUCACAAGAAAUGUGUAAAAUGGUUUCAGGGCCCUGUAGAAUUGUAUUUAAUCACACAAUAUGGCCAAGUUUUGUUAAAUGUGAAAAUACAGAUUUAUUUCCCAAACUAUGUAAGAAUGAUAUCAGAGAAUUAAAAUUUAAUAUCUCUGGUAAAUGUUUGAAACCAUUAGUCCCUACUGAUAAUGCACUUGCAAUCUUUGAAGGAGUUGAAGGUUGUGGAACACAGUGCAAUGACCCACUUUUUACAGCAGAUGAGCAUAAGCAAAUUCAUUCUUUUAUUGCCUGGGCUGCAGGGAUUUGUGGAUCAUUCAAUUUAUUCACAGUUAUAACGUUUUUAAUUGAUUGGAGGAGUGCAAAUAAAUAUCCAGCUUUAGUUAUAUUUUACAUAAACUGUUGUUUUAUGGUAUCUUGUAUUGGAUGGCUUGCUCAAUUUACACCUGGAAGCAGAGAAAUAAUUGUGUGCAGGAAAGAUGGAACUUUAAGAAUGAGUGAGCCAAGUGGAGAAAAUUUAUCAUGUGUCGUAGUGUUUGUUCUUGUGUAUUACUCUCUUAUGGCAGCUAUGGUAUGGUUUGUGAUUCUUACAUAUGCUUGGCAUAUGAGUUUUCAAGCAUUAGGCAAAAUCCAAGACAGAAUAGACAAAAAAGGUGCAUACUUCCAUUUAAUUGCUUGGUGUUUACCACUUGUCCUCACUGUCACAAUCAUGGCAUUGGGGGAAAUUGAUGGAAAUAGUGUUACUGGUAUAUGUUUUGUGGGUUACACUAAUCAUGCAGUCAGAGCUUGGUUUUUGCUUGGCCCUGUGUUGAUUGUUUUACUGGUUGGAGGUUAUUUCUUAUCUAGAGGAUUAAUUACUCUGAUUCGCUUGAAAAUAAGUAGUCAAGAAAUUAUAUCUGAAAGGGCCAGUUCUAAAAUACGAGAAACUAUCGUGCGUAUGGGACUGUUUUCGAUUUUCACUUUCACUGCAGUUGUAGUGACUUUUUAUUGCCAUAUUUAUGAAUUUCAACAUUCUUGGGAGUGGCGUCAGAGUUUUAGAAAUUAUAUGAUAUGUGCGAUAACUACGAAGUAUUUAGAUAUUUCGGAAUGUAAAAUGGAAAUUCGACCGAGUGCAGCUAAAAUGCAAUUACACUUGCUUUCACCAUUUUUUGCUGGUAUUCUUAUGUCUUCAUGGGUGUGGACUGGUUCAACAGUAGAUACAUGGACUAGAUUCCUCAGACGAACUUUUAAUUGUGAAACCGAAGAGCCUAUUAGACUGAAAAAACACAAAGUGAUUGCUCAAGCGUUUGCAAAACGGAAAACAUUCAAUAACGCUGGUCGAUUAUCCAUUAGUUUUCAUAACACCCAUGAAGAUCCAGUCGGUUUAAACUUUGAUCUCAAUUCCGUAGCUUCUCAAGAUUUUAGUUCUACAUGGGCAGCAGCUUUGCCAAAGCUAGUUACUCGUAGGGGUGCACUCGUUGGUGGUACAACGGGUUCUGUAUCCAGCAACAGGAGAAAUUCUGUAGAUUCUGAAAUCAGCUUCAGUGUACGUCGAGUGUCUGUGGAAUCUAGAAGAAAUUCUUUAGAUUCUCAGAUAUCCGUUCAAAUAGCUGAAUUAAAGACAACACGAAAAGUCGCUAGUAGCUCACGAGGUCGACGUGGGAAACGGCGACGAGACUUCGGAAAAUCGAGAUCUGGUAAAGUAGGGCCAUUGUUUAGGAGAGGCAGUACAACAUCGCAAGAAAGUCAACUUGGUGCACAAAUAUUAUCAGCAUUAACUAUAGGCGGCAAUUCAAGAGUACCACCCAUCCAAGUGCCUAAUAUGAAGAGACGAUCAGCUAGUGCCGGUUUGGAUGAACGUAUUUUAAAUCCUAAACUGUUCGAUGGAAAAAAUGCGGGAAUGCUGCUUCCUUUCUUGUUUCCCGGACAAAGUGGUAGCGAUGAGAAUUUAAGCAGUGAGGAGAAGCGGCAUCAAGGAAUAUCAGGAAAAGAUGUAGAUAUCGAAGCUGGAAAUAUGGAAAAGGAUGAUCAAGACAGUGAUAGUGAUGAUAGUCAACCGGAAGAAGAAGCAAAAAUGUUAGAUCCUGAAGAACCACAUGAACGUAGUAAAAGUAAAACUAGUAACAAAAGCUCAAAAAGUUAUAGUCACGAAAGUGAUCGGAGAAGCAGAGAAGGACGUAGAAGUAAAUAUCUGCUUCAAGAUGAAACCAUUUUAAAGCAUUUGUUUCAAGAGUCUAGUGAUAUUAAAUUGAAAAGCGACGCAGAAAUAAAAGAGGUGUACAGAAAAGCAGGAAUGGGAAAUCUGGCAUCUAGUCUAACUUCGUGUUGCCCUGAAUUAACAAGACUUAUGCAGACUGAAGGUCAAACUGGUAAUGCGCGAGAAAUGGCAACACAAACGUCUCUACCAUUGGAUAUUUUAGAAAUGGAAGAAUUAAAACAAAGUAUAGAUGAGAUUAUUAACAGUCGACACUGUAGCUCAAAAGGAACGCAAAUUUCACCGCAGUUAAAUAAAAACAAAAAUAUCGCUACGUAGCAUUAGUUUUUCUUCUUCGAACGUACAAAGAACUUUUUCAAAUAUUUCUUCUUAAUACUAUGAUCAUUAUUAUAUUACCAGAUUUGUCCAGGAUUUUCUUUCUCUCUUUAUAUUUUUUGCUUUCUUUUCCUUUAAACUUGUUAA